AGCACAUCAUCCGCGACGUUUGCUGAGCCGCCGAUGAUGGUGACGCAUCCUUUCGAACUCGGUCUCAUUCUCACGGUCGGGCUGACCGUUGUGGCAGCCCAGAGCAACUAUGGCCGACGUAAGCAGAGGGGGAACGCACACGCACCAAAUUCACCAUGUUUCCCGGCAGAUCUGCCCGAAAUGUCUGCUUUUGCGGCUCUCAUGCGGAUAUGGAUGGCUGUGUGGCUGUAUCCAUGGCUGCAGACGUGUCGGCGGAAGAUGUUGCCGUACAGGGCACUGAAUCCCUCGCCACCGAGGGUGGGGCAGGGCGGAAUCUGCAGACUCUACAGAGGGAUCUAUCGUUUCUGCUCUGUGUGUGUGUGUGCAGUUGGGCAGAUGGCGUUGCUGCAGCUGCAGCUCAACCACACCCUGACCACCAUCACCGCCGCUUACGCCCUUAGCACGGCCGCCAUGACCACCAGCACCGCCGCUCACGACCUCAGCACGGCCGCCAUGCACGCCAUCGACAAGGCCCGGCAAAUGCUCUAUACAGACGCCCUCGGAGGUGAGGGCGAUUUCAUGGCUCCGUCGCUCUGCUCACACACACAUGUGUGUAUGUCUGCGCUGUUGUGUGUGUGUCUGUCCGGGACCGCCCGGCUGCAGACCGGUGCAAGGUCAAUCGAUCGUUCCCGGACUAUGAGGGGGCCAAGAUACUGCAGCGCUGCGCCAAGGAGGGUUACGUGUGUGUGAUGGACAAAGAAGUCCAUGCAGCUGACUACGUCCCUGGCACCUGCUACAACUGGUUCAAGAAAGGCGAGAACAACGCCGACUACCAGUGCGGCGACGCACCCAUCCUGGAGGAAGACGGCUUCUUAUACUGCCUCAGGUAAGGAGGUAUAAACACCACACAAACAGACAGCUGGAUGGAUGGACCGACGCACUCUGUGUGUGUGUGUGUGCGACCCUACCCUGCCCGUGCGUGUGUGCAGAGAACCCACUGGGAUCUUGCGCGUGCCCAAGUGGUAGCCGGCCACUGAGGACCGACAGCCAGCCACACCAAGUAUGUCUCUAUCCCCCAACCAACCAACACUGCCGGCCAUAGCCACGGUAGCCAGCUGCAGAGACAGACAGACAGAGAAAGACCCAACUCAUUCAGUUAGUUUAAAGGGGAGAGAGAGAGAGAGAGAGAGAGAGAGGGGAGGGGGACAGACAGAGUCGGAUCCAUCCAUAAAGGUGUGUGCUUGAUGCACAGCAUCAUGCACUCAUUCAUUCAGUCAUUCACUCAUGACCCGAUCGGUCGACCCCUGGCUGCCUGCCUGCUUGUGUGUGUGUGUGUGUGCGUGUGUGAGUGUGUUUUAAGAUGGCUGCACGUGUGGUUUGUGCAGUCACUGGUGGCAGCGUGCCGGCCGGCUGUACGUAUGUAUGUCUAUAUGUGGGACCCUCGCCACUCUGAAAAUGUGCAGAGACA